UUUGAACCUAUAGAAGAUCAAAAAGCAACUGUUCUGUAAAACAUUUCCAACGAAUAUUCCAAAGCAAAUUCUCAAAGAAACUAAUUUUUUUUAUUGCUUUCUAUAAAUACUAAACCAUUUCUUUAUACUUCUUCCAGACCCUGCUUAUCCUUUAAUUAAGCAGCUACCGGCUUUAAAACACACGCAGAGAAAAAUUUUGGAUCUUACCUCAAACUGAAAAUGUCUGGUUUUGUUCGAGCCAAGCGAGUCACCGAUCCACUCGACGACGAGGCAAAAGCUCGAAUAGUUGGUGUCCGUUUCAGUUACGUCAGCAGCGGAAGUGAACAUUCCGUUGACGAUUCACCUUGCCUUUCUGAACUCGUUCACGGCUUCCUGGAGGACGAUUUCGAGACUCAGCCAUUGAGUUACGAUUCCGAUUCGGAUAAUAUCGACUCAGUUUCCGAUUGUACGGACAUGGCGGAAGAUACUUUGAGAUCAGCUACAAGUAAUAAUAUCAGUAAGGAUUCGUAUAGAAAUUUGCUAUUUGCUCAUGUUUUGAAAGCGAUGGAGGUGUUUUCGUGUUUGCAAAAUCAAAAAGCUGUUUUGAGGCGGAAAGUGAUGUCGUUUUUAAGAGAACUGGGACACAAUGCAGCGAUUUGCAAGACAAAAUGGGAAUCCUCAGGUGGAUUAUCCGCUGGAAACUACGAGUUCAUCGAUGUCGUGCAAUCGCAACACCGGUAUUUCUUGGAUCUUGACUUCGCUUCACAGUUUGAGAUCGCGAGACCUACGAGUCAUUAUUCGAAGCAGUUGCAAUCUCUUCCUAGGGUUUUUGUAGGUAAAAAUGAAGAUUUGAAGAGGAUCAUCAAGGCCAUGUCUGACGCGGCGAAGAGAUCGUUGAAGUGUAGAGAGCUUUCACUUCCUCCGUGGAGAAAAAACCGUUACAUGCAAAACAAAUGGCUCGGUCCUUACCGCCGGACCUCCAAUCCAAUACCGGUGAGCUCAUCAACGCAAGUUAUCCAGCCUGUUAGUGGAGUGACAUGUCGGUUCGUUGGAUUCGACGACGCCGUCAACGGCCGUUUGUUUGUUCGAACGAGAUAAUUAUAUAAAUUUCGAGAUUUAAUUAAAAAAUUUAUUUACUCCAUAAACAACUAAAAUUUCCAGUUGUGGUA